UUUACCGUAUUAUAUGCUACGCUUUUUCAGCGGCCAGGAAGGCUAGACUAACCAAUCCAGGAUCUCCUCGAUGAAAAGCCUUAAAAGUUAACUUUUCCGUACUCUUAGCAUCUCUUUACCUCGUUUGAUUGCACCUGACCUGUUGUCACCGGGAGAUUAUCCAUUGGCCUCCACAUGCCUCGAUAGGUAUGCCGCUGAAACUCCCUUUUGAGCAUAUAGGACCUUGGGGGUAAUGUGAGCGAGAUCAAAGUCGAUCUACUAGGCUUGUAUGACCGAGUCGACUACGCUUAUCAGCUUCAAAGCGAGGCAAUACUGUCGAGACGAAAGAUCAAAACACGUCACUCAAUUUCGAUAUAAGGGAUUCGAUGACGUUUCUGCUAUAGCCUGGGAUCGCCCGCCCCCGUGCCGCUAAUUCGAAAAACUCCUUGUAUUGGGGUACCGCCAGGUUCCCGAGUGGGACCGUUAUUGGAGCUUUUCGUGUGGUUUAUAUUACAUUAGUUCGUUUUAUUGUGACACCCGCGUGCACCCCGUGGGAUGGAAACGCGUAGCUAUGCGUGAGCGCGGUUUUUUUUUCGUAUGGGUCUGGCUAUCACUGUCGCCAGAGGACUAGGGAGGGAAUUUGCACGGUAGCACCAUGACUAUCGUCUAAGUAACGACUCGUGAAGAAGUGGUCCCUAUGUCUCGAUAGGUAGGCUUCCCGUUGAUAGCCUGGAAUUCGGAUGGGCAUGCAGUCUCGGUAUUUCUUUUUGCGAAGUGUGGCAUGGGGUGCCCUUUGACCAUCUAUACAGAAACCAGGUUGGUUCACGUUGGCGUUUGGCAGUUUUCGAUUCCUUUCGAUGGCAAGAAUUUCUUUUUAUCUCUGCAGUUAUUGCGUAUAUAUAUUGAAUUUUGCUGGACGGUGUCUGUUCGCUCGCCAUCACCGAAAGGCGUCAAUUGUAAGCAUCCGCGUCAAACGUCACAGUCAGUAACUUUUUUCAAAAAUGAAAAAGUCGGACCAAUGUUUCCGGGUCUCUCGUUUUGGAACGGUUCAGCACGGGCGCCACCUCACAGUCAGCGCAGCAUUGCUCCGAAUUCCAGCGCGUUUUUACUCACUCUAACACGCUCAUACAGCCACAAGGUAGUACGGAAGAGAGGACAGCCCCGUGGAAUCGUCUCCUCAUUCGUUGUCGUGUAUAAAGGCUCGUAGAGUAGCAAGCACAGUUUUGCCAUUGCCACUAGGAUGACCUCCUCUAGCUCCAGCAACGGCGCGAGUACGCGGACGAUGAAGAAGAUCGGAACGCCGACGAAAUCGACGGACCUGGACUGGUCCGGCGGUGAGGGUGUACUGCCAGGACGCGCAGCACUGGGUCCGAUCUUUCUCAUGAGUGUCACUCCCGUCUUCUCCAUUGUCUUUUUUCACGUGUGCGCCAACAUGAAGGGAAAUUUCCUCGCCUUUGGACAGCAGUGUCUGCGGGACGGAUUGGGCGCCACAAUCACGGCCAUUUGGCCCGAUCCGUGGGACGCAGUCGCGUGGAAAAUGAUCCUUUCCUUCAUGGCCUUUCAGCUUCUCCUCAUGAAGGUGAUUCCGGGAGAUCGUUUCGAAGCGACACUCACGCCCAAAGGCAAUCGUCCCGUCUACAUCGCCAACGGAAUGGCCUGCUACCUCACCACUCUCGCGGUACUCGUGUUGUUGGAUCUCACCCAGGCCUUUAACCCCGCCACCAUUUACGACAAAUUCGGCAACAUUUUGUCCUCCAUGAAUGUCUUUGCCUGGUGUUUUUGCUUGGGACUGCUUGUCAAGGGUCACGUCGCCCCAUCGAGUUCCGAUUCCGGUACCAACGGCUCCUGGAUUACCGACUUUUACUGGGGCAUGGAACUCUACCCGCGCGUGCUCGGUUGGGACGUCAAGAUGUUCACCAAUUGCCGCUGCGGAAUGAUGUUUUGGGCCGUUGCGAUUGUUGCCUUUUGCUACAAAAACAUGGAGUUGCACGGUGGACACUUGCAGUACGGCAUGGCCGUUAGUGUGGCUCUACAACUCAUUUACAUUUUCAAGUUCUUUCACUGGGAAAUGGGAUACAUGUGCUCCAUGGACAUUCAGCACGAUCGGGCCGGUUACUAUAUUUGCUGGGGUUGUCUCGUCUGGGUUCCCGCCGUCUACACCUCACAGGCCUUUUACUUGACGGCACACGCACCGGAACUGUCCACACUCACGGCCCUCGCUAUUUUCAUCGCCGGCUUUGUCUGCGUCUGGAGCAACUACGACUCCGAUCACCAGCGCUACAUCUUCCGACAAACCAACGGGGAUUGCCGUAUCUGGGGACGCCAGCCGGACAAAAUUGUGGCCAAAUACGUCGCCAACGGCGUCGCGAAAGAAUCUCUUCUACUGGUGGACGGGUGGUGGAAAAUCUCGCGUCACUUUCACUACGUUCCGGAAAUUCUGGCCAGCUUCUUUUGGUCCGUCUCGGCGUUGGAUACAGGCUUGGUGGGACCCUACUUUUAUGUCGUCUUCUUGACCAUUCUGCUCACCGAUCGGGCCUUUCGGGACGAUGAUCGCUGUCGCAAAAAGUACGGCAAGUACUGGACCGAGUACUGCGAAGUUGUGCCUUACAAGAUUGUACCCGGUGUCGUCUGAGCGACAAGCACUUUACGGCGGACUGUACUAUGGACGAAUCUUUCGAUGGAAAAACUUCCACGCUAUAGAGAAUAAUAGCAACUGCUAAUCCGUUUAAAUGUUUCACGAAAUGAAC